UGUGGGCCCCGGCCAGCAGGAUAACGAAGUGGCGAUAUUACAGAACGAGUACGGCAGCGUCCGAUACUCGGAGUUCCUCUCGUCGCUGGGCUCGCUGGUGCCGCUGGACGGGCCGGAGCUGCCGCACCUGUUCCUGAACCUGGAGCGCGGCGGCAAGGACGGCGACUACACCUACGUGUGGCACGAUGACGUCAUGCAGGUGCUGUACCACGUGGCCACGGCGAUGCCGACCAGUGCCAGGGACCCCACGUGCAACGAGAAGCGCAAGUACAUCGGCAACGACUACGUCUCCAUCGUAUACAACGACUCCGGCGCUGACUUCAACAUACACACCAUCAAGGGCCAGUUCAACCUGUGCGUGGUGGUGGUGGAGCCGCUGGAGCACGGGCUGAGCCGCGUGCUGCUGAAGAGCAAGGACGAGCGCCUCCGCAGCAAGUUCCUGCCGCACGCCGACACGCGCGUGCUCACCGACGCCGCCGCGCCGCUGCACGCCCGCCAGGUGGCGCUGCACGCCGCCUUGGCGGCGCAGAUAUCGCAGUCGCUGCGCGUGGGCGGCGCGCCGUACGCGUCCAACUCGCUGGAGCGGCUGCGGCUCAUCAAGCGGCUGCGCGGCCGCCUCGAGGGGGAGCGCCAGGCCGCCGCCGCCCGGCCCCCCGCGCCCUACCACCCGCCCGCCUCCGACCUGGCGCUGCGCGUCGCCAUCGACGACUUCAACGCGUACACGUAACCGCCCGCGCCCACCCGCGCCCCCCCGCCCGCGGCCGGCCGCCGGCCGAGGCCGUUCGUGCCCGCGCCUCGUCCGCCGGCCGCCCGUCGGCGGAGAUGCUCCCCCCCCCUCUCUCAGGGUCUCGGCGCCCGCGGGUGUUCGCCCGUGACGGACGCGAGCUUCGUGUGACCUCCCGGCCUUCGGUCGUCCGAAUUUGACGUUCUCGAUUCGCCUCGCGUUUAGUCCUCGAUCGAUGCGAAAGGUCUCCGCGGAAUCUUUCGUUUCGUUCGAUCGGACCGGUCGAUUUUUCGUCUGAACCGUUCGGGGCUCGAAUUACUUUAAGGCGACCGGCGGAUCGGCCCCGUCCGACGUGCCGUUCGAGUUAAAGUUCGGAGCCGGGGCCCCCGGAGCCCGCCCCGUCCGCCGCCGCCCCGUCGCUCGGCGCUCGACGGUCGAGCGUUUCUCGUUGAAAUAUUUUAUGUAGCGAUUUAUUUCCUGACGAAAGAUUUUGUAAUCGAUAAAUGAUGGCUAUUU